AUCUCUAUGCACUUGUAUCUCUUCCCCUUAACAAUCAAACUUCAACAUUUAUAUCUAAAAAAUGGCUUCUACCGAAAAUGAGAUAGCCAUCGAUCUUUUUCCAUUCAUUCGAACCUACAAAAACGGCACCGUUGAGCGCCUAAUGCACACCCCAUUUGUCGAACCAUCUCCAGUAAACAAUCCAACUGCAGGCGUAUGCUCCAAAGACAUUAAAAUCUCCCCUACUGUCUCGGCUCGAAUCUACCUCCCAAACAAGGCCUUAUCCGCCCCUAACCACAUCUCAAAUAAACUCCCUGUCUUAGUAUACUACCAUGGUGGCGCCUUUUGUCUUGAAUCGGCCUUUUGUGCCCUCUUUCACAAUUAUGUAAACACUAUUGUCUCAAAGUCACAAAAAUUGAUUGCCAUAUCUGUUGAAUACAGGUUAGCCCCAGAAAAUCCUUUACCGGCAGCUUAUGAAGAUUCCUGGGCUGCUCUGAAUUGGGUUACUUCUCAUGCUAAUAAACAAACCCAACCCGAAAACAAAGAUCAUUGGAUAGUCCAGUAUGCCGAUUUUGAAAAACUUUACUUAGGUGGAGAUAGUGCUGGUGGUAACAUUGCUUACAAUAUGGCAAUGCGAGUUGGGCUCAAAAAGCUAAAAGGUGAUGUCAACAUUUAUGGGGGGUUUUUGUCACAUCCACAUUUUUGGGGUUCGAAAGCUAUUCGUUCUGAGGUGACUAACAACCGAGAGGAGGCUUGGUUAUCGAGGAUUUGGAGAGCGGUGUAUCCUGACUCACCGGGUGGUGAUGAUAACCCGGUGGUGAACCCGUGGGCCGAGGGUGCACCCGCGAUAUCCGGGUUGGGUUUUAAGAGAAUGUUGGUGGUGGUUGCGGAGAAAGAUGAGAUGAGAGAUAGAGGUGUUGAGUUUGUUGAAUUUGUGAAGAAUAGUAAGUGGGAUGGAGUUGUGGAGUUAGUCGAAUAUGAAAGUGAAGGACAUUGUUUCAACCUUUUUAAUCCUGAUUGUGAUAACUCAAAGGACUUCAUCAAUCGCUUGGUUUCGUUUAUGGGUUAAAUAUUAUCGCAAAAAUUAUAUAUAUUCUCUCAUCUUAUGUGGUAGUUGUGUGUCUUGUGACUUGUUUUAUUGCCUCGUUUUGUCACUUUUACAUAUUGUGGAUUGAAUGUGUUGUAAAGUUGCAUAUAUAGUUUAAUACGAGUAUCAACUUACAGAUUA